AUGCACAGAAUCCCUAAGUGGCAGCCAGAUAUUGCCUACACUUCCGGCAAUGUGGUCUGCUACCAAGGCGCCAUAUGGACUGCGAUCCGGUGGAACCAAAAUGAGGUUCCUGGAGGUCCAGCCGGUGCCUGGAAACAGAAUUUCAAUGACGCUUGGCAACGCAAUAUUGCUUAUACCGCUCAUAGCGUUGUCACAUACAAUGGUCAUUGGUGGUCUGCUAAGGAAUGGAAUCAAAACCAGGUUCCGGGUGGGCCCUCUGGUGUGUGGAUCGACCUUGGGCCUGUGUGA